GAAGACGUACCAGCACCCCAGCCCGUUUCCCUCUCUUCCGGCGUUUCACCGCGUGAACAAAGGCAUAGCACCAGAUCUCUAUCUGUUUAGAAACUCUUACUCCUCAGCCACAUUAUUGCUCUUCAUCAUCACCUCCAGAAGAAAAUCUGGUCAUCAUGAAUGCUGCACACGUCUUCCUGCUCUGCAUCCUGGGAGCCACCCUGCUGUCCACAGUCCUCUGCACCAAUGGAACUGGCCCCGAUGACUGCUGCUUCAAAUUUUAUCCACGACCGGUGAGAAAAGAGGUCAUUGGUAAAUACUACUUCACUGAUUACCGCUGUCCCAAGGCUGGAGUCAUUUUUGUCACAGCAGAGAAAGGCCGUCACAUCUGCGUGGAUCCAAGUCUCCGCUGGGUUAAAAACAUCAUGAAGAAACUGGAUGAAGAUUAUUUGAAGUGAACCAAUUCCACACCUUUCUCUGUUUUUCUAAUCCAAUAGAACUAGAAAAACUAUGCAACAUUCUGAGCCUCACUGUUCUCUCAGCAUAUUAUUCUGAUAUAAGUAUUCAAAGAUUUAGAUUUCAAGCAGCGUCAUUUAUUCGGCUGUGUUUCAGUGGUUUUGUACUACCUAUGUCAUGGUGAAGUGUUAACCUCAUGAAAACGUGUUUUAUUUUUUUUAUUUUCUGAUAUUUUAUGAAGUAAUUUGCUUUGUCUGUUGAUUGUCUAUAAAAUAAAAACAACAUAUUCAUCUGA